GGUGUGUCAUAGUUACUAGUAGUCAAGGAGAACACACACGAGGCACUGGGACCCAACUGAUCGCGACCUCCAUGGAUCCCUGGAAGUAGCAACCAGACUGUACCCUUCAGUGUACAUAAACAAUUUGUUGGAGCACAUCAACAAAUACCAAAAUGACGCAUAAAGAACAUAUAAUUAUUGAAGAUGAAAUGAAGGUUAAGGGGAAUAACGAACAGAAUAAGAGAAUAGAUUUGGUUCUCGUGUUCCCGAAGCCGUCGAGCCGUGAACAGUACAGGAAACGAUUUGAGGAACUAUUAAAGAAAGAAGAAGGUUUUUCCAUCGAGCGUGACACUAUUGGAAAACUGGUUUAUGUCAAGCUCCACUGUCCUUUGAAACGGCUACGUACUGAAGCACAGAGAAUACGACUUAAAAUGCCUAUUAAACAUUGUCAAAACAAGCCAGGAGACAAGAAGAGAAAGAAAGAAGGAAAUGUUUCAUUUAAGGACGCACUCAAGAUGACAACUUCAAGGAUGAUCCAAAAUCGCUUCGUAACCGACAAUGAAGAUUGUGACGAUCCAGCCACCUUCUUCAGCCCAGCACGAAGGUCAUUUCUUAUACACCACAUUUUAAUAAAUAUUGAUAAUCAAAAGAUAAAAAAAUAUGAUGAGCAGAAGGAACCGAGGGAGAAAUCUACAAACACCGCCAAGCAAGGCGUUCAAGUUAGGAAACGGAGAGGUCUUCAGUACCUGCUAAUGAAAAAAAUCUACACUGACGCCUUCAUUUUACACGAGGACUCCAAGUUAUGCCAGGAGAUGGAUACAUGCAGUAAAACCGAAACUGACAUAGAACAGAAUGCCAAGGAAACCGAGACAAAGGGAAAGGAACUAUUGGCCUUUGAUCCACGCUCUGAACUGAAUGAUACUUGGACGAAGCUUUAUAAGUUUCAGCCUCUGUGGAAAGUGCGAAACUACUUUGGUGAAAAGAUAGCUCUGUAUUUUGCUUGGUCUGGCGAACUGAUGAUGUCUCUGUGGAUACCGACAAUAUUCGGUCUCAUCAUCUUCAUUUAUGGACUUGUAAAAAGGUCUUCAACAACAGGUUUCGGCGGUUGCGUCGGGGGUCCUGGCUUGACUGGUUGGUCUCCUGGUGACGCAAUCGCUUUCCGCUUCGCAACGGCUACCGAUCGGGCCUGGGACUCGACUGCGGCACUCUUCCUAAGUGGAGGUGGCAUCGUAGGAGUCCCGGAGGCUGAGUUCAGAGGAGUUUGUGGGGGCGACUCCAUAACCGCCUGGUUAAGGUCUUCCCCUGGUGGUUCCACUGUUGGUACUAUUGUUUUGAAGUUGUGGAAGCGGAAGGAAGGUACACUUGCCUAUGAGUGGAAUGUUGACAAAUUUGAGGAAACAGAACCAGACAGACCUCAGUAUUAUGUUACAGACGAUCCUAUAGACAAUGGACAGAUAUGGUAUUACCCAACCGAGAAAUGUCGCAAAAUUUGUGUAUCAGCUUCUUUUGUGAUUUUCAUGAUCUGCCUGGUGUUGAUCAGUGUUGUUGGUGUAAUAGUCUACCGUAUUACCCUGUAUGUUAAAGUGUGUCCGGGCAUGGAGCUUCCACGAUGCAUCUUUCUGACCACAGUCGUGUCCUCUGUGAUAAACGCUGUCUCCAUUUUAUUUCUCCAGAAGCUGUAUGACUGUAUGGCUGUAAAGUUGACUGAUUGGGAGAACCACCAGACUGAAACGCUCUACCAUGACGCUUUGAUCAUCAAACUGUUCGCCUUUCAGUUUGUCAACAGUUACGCAUCUUGCUUCUAUAUAGCGUUUGUCAGAGAGCGGUUUGAUGAUAUUGGUGUGCUUGGUCAAGGCUCUAGCUACAAAGACAGCUGCUCGAGGACGUGCAUGUCACAGCUCUCCUUCCAAGUUCUCGUCGUCAAGCCAUUCCCCAAGUUCUUCAAAGAUAUCAUUUUGCCGUUUGUUAAAAAGCGCUGGCGACGACGUCCCAACUGCUUACGUUGUCGUAGGAACCAGGUGGACGAGACGUCGCAGGAUAAGAUGAACGGUUCAAAUCCUCGUCACCAGACAUUCAUGGAGAACGAGAGGCUAAAACCUGACUUGGGCGACUUCACUCUUUCUGAGUACACGGAGAAAGUCAUCAUGUAUGGAUUCCUUAUGCUGUUUGCUGCCUCAUUUCCACUGGCGCCAUUGUUAGCCCUGGUCAACGUGUAGAUCGAUAUCCGAGUGGAUGCCAAACGAAUCCUAUGGUGGUACAGGAGACCAGUGGCCUUCAUUGCUCAAGAUAUUGGAAUGUGGUAUGACAUUUUGACGUUUGUUAACUUUGCUGGAGUUCUGUCAAAUGCCUUUCUCAUUGCCUUCACAUCUUGUUAAAACCAGCAAAAAUACAAAGAGCAUGCGCGAAGAAUCCCGCAAACAAUUGCUGUCGAGCGCACUGUUGGUAGCACUAUACCAGUUAAUUUCCGGCUGGGUCGAAGUUCGAGGUGCACCGCUUUUGAUAGAGAAAUGGUAUAGUCCAACCUGUUAGGAAGUCUGUGCGAUCGCUAUUUUAUUUUUUAAUAGGCUUCUCCCAUA